AUGAACCAGAUGAUUUGGACUGCUUUCGUGGUUCUUUCUUCAGCAGGAAUGGUAUUAUGCAAAGUUGAAUGGUCAAAUUGGGAGACGUGGUCUGAGUGUUCCGUGAUAUGUGGGCGUGGCGAGCGGUUCAGGGGUCGCUUGUGCCUGUCAAAGGAAGUGUGUCCGGGAGAAUGGAUGGAAGUUGAAGAUUGUCUCGCCUUAGAUUGCGCCGCCACAGGUAGCGAACAGUGGAAUGGAACGUUCCAUAACAUUGUAGAGGUGCUAGCUUCUCUAGUUAGGGAUAUUUCACAAAAGGAAGUCGAAUAUAAGCAUAGUCAUGAUGACUUGCUGAAAGAACAGAAUUUAUUACACAGUUUAUUGAUGAAUAAAAGUCUCCAUGUACAAGAUGUGCUGGCUGAACAAAUGCAGGAUGUCGACGAAGUCGUGGAUUUGGUAAAAGGGCAAAACAGCGCCACCGACGAUGAGGUGUCCAUGCAACUGGAAGUUAUUGAACAAGAGAAAAAGUUUGAAAUGUCAGUUGCAACGGAGGCUGCGCAAAAUGUCAAUUUACAAGACCAUCCGGCUAACGUCCCUCCACAACCAACAAUUGCCACUGACAAUAAGAGUGACGUUAACCAAGAAAAUAUGGAUCUGCUGAUAACAAAUGAAAUCUGGAGCGACUGGGAUGAAUGGUCCCAGUGUUCAGUUUCUUGUGGAGUUGGGAUGACAACACGUCGUCGGAUUUGUAAGACUGGACCUGAGGAAACAUCGGAGUAUUUUUGCCCUGGUAAAAGCCAGGAGGAAAUGGAAUGCGACAAACGUCCGUGUAGAGAACAUAAUAUUUUACUGAAUGCUACAACUGAGCCUCAUGUCCCUAUGGUAUGGCAAAUCCCGGCAGUAACAAUAUCACCACCACCGUCAUCUAUUACAGAAGCAAAUAAUCAAGUCACCAACAUUGUUCAGUGGGAUGACUGGGGCGAAUGGUCGCAAUGUUCGGUACACUGUGGCACUGGCUUCAUCAGGCGAUACCGUGUUUGUCAGAUAGCCUUCGGCUCUACUGCUGAGUGUAUUGGUGAUGUCGAACAAACACUGGCAUGCAAUGAAGAGCCAUGUGAUGAGUACAACGGCAUCUUGCAGGAUGUAACUGCUCCUGAGAACAACGCUUCCGUUCAAGAUGCAUUGCGAUGGAGUGAGUGGGGUGACUGGUCUCAGUGUUCUGUGACGUGUGGGACGGGUAAUUCUAAACGAAAUCGCACCUGCCAGGCGCCGCUAGAUUUUGAUUGCAUUGGUGACAGUGAGGAUAUUAAGCAGUGCACUAAAGUUCUAUGUAAUAAUGAGUCAUUAGGUAUCAACAUUUUAGAUGGGCAUGAAGCAGUUACCCCGGAGUAUGAAAACUGGGGUGAAUGGAGCGAAUGGAGUGAGUGUCCAUUAGUGUGUGAUACGAGUUUCAUGCGACGGCACCGUGUUUGUCAGUCGUCAUAUUGUUCUGGUGACACUGAAGACAUCACUGAAUGCUUUGGACUGCUCUGUGAUGGUGGAUGGUCUCCAUGGAAUCAAUACACCCCGUGUUGCGAUGGUAUCAAGGAACGGCGCAGAUUGUGUGACAAUCCAGUACCACAAGGAAACGGAGAGAAAUGCAUUGGUAUUGCCAUUGAAACUAGAGAUUGUGAUGAAGACAGAUGUGACGGGAAAAACAAUGUUGAUGGGGGUUGGUCUACAUGGACCUCAUGGACGUUGUGCUGUGAAGGAGUUCAAGAAAGACAUCGAGAAUGUAAUAAUCCCAUCCCAGAUGGAGACGGGUCUGGUUGUUAUGGUGACAGCUUAGCAAAAAGAAACUGUGACACUGACCAAUGUAAUUCAAUACAAAACCAAGGAUGGUCAGAUUGGGGUACUUGGAAGGUGUGCUGUGAUGGUAUACGUGAACGUAGUCGUUUCUGCACAAACACUAAUGGUAUAUGUGAGGGUCACAUGGUGCAAACUGAGAAUUGUGAAACAGAUGAAUGCAACAAUCAACAAACAGCAUUGGUUGUUGCAAAAACAGAAUCUCCAAUACCCAAUCACAAAUGGUCUGAGUGGUCGUCAUGGUCACCUUGCUCGUCAUCAUGUGGUUUUGGCAACCGCACACGAUCACACACCUGUAUCAACUCUAUGCCUAUUAAGAAACUACUGUGUGAGGGCGCCAGUGUAGAGGUUCAAAGUUGCCGUGGAAAUGAUUCCAGCUGCCAUGCUUUGCGAACUGGGUCUGAUAUGUAUGUGACAUCAGAGGACAAAGAAAAUAUAGAGAAUGCGCGGACAGGAUUCUUCGGAAUUCUACUUGGUGUUGGUUUACUUUUGGUGGUAUCCGCUCUCUUACUGAUAGGCUUUGCCACCUACUGGAAAGUACUUCAUAAACGUGGCAGAAAACCCUACAAAAAGGUGUAUAAAGAUGACGAUGGUGACGAUUUUGGAGGGUGGUAUCAGUAG